AUGGGAUUUCAGACUCCAGUUUUUACGUCGGAAUUUUCUCAAAAGUAUAAAAAGAUCAAAGAACUUGGAAAAGGAGCAUUUGGAAAGGCUGUUUUAGCGCAACGAAAACACGAUAACUUGCAAUGCGUGAUAAAACUGAUAAAAACAAAAAACGACCAAGAUGUACAGCUAGCACGGGAAGAAGCAAAGAUAUUAAAGUCGCUAAGUCAUCAAUUCAUUGUCCGUUACAUUGACGAAUAUGAAUCUAAAAACGCUGGCUGGGGAGGGACAACGAAAGAAGUAAGAAUCGUCAUGGAGUUUUGCGACGGCGGAGACUUGCAAAACGCGAUCGAAAGUACUCGUGUCCAAGGGCGCCGAUUUAAAGAGGAAGAUAUUUUUGUCUGGUUUUCGCAAAUUGUAAUGGCAAUUGAAUACAUCCACGGAAUGAAAAUUGCUCACCGAGAUAUCAAGCCUCUUAACAUUUUCUUUAUGAGAGGGCUAAAAACUUGCAAGCUCGGAGAUUUCGGCAUUGUGCGAUGUUUCAAUGAUGAUGUUCAAUCAACAUUUUCAGGGGUUGGAACUCCUCUUUAUUUUCCGCCAGAAAUUUGCAUGGGAGAGCGAUACGGAGUCGAUUGCGAUAUCUGGUCGCUUGGAGUUUUGCUCUACGAAAUGAUCAUGCUGAAGAGCCCCUUUAUGGAUCCAAAUAUGAUGCAGAUCUAUUACAAGAUCAAAAACAGAAUCUAUCAGCCCAUCCAAGGUAGUCCUCAUGCUGCACAGAUCAUCCAGAGCUGCUUCAAGGAUCGUCAGAAGGAAAACAUGAUGCCUAAUCAAAGCCAUCUCCAUUUUCGACCAACAGCUAGCGAUUUGCUCAAUCAUCCAGUCGUCUUUCCAAUUUACGAGCAGCUACGCCAGGGUAUUUCUCCUGAGCGAGUUACAGUUACAAUGCAGCCAGCACCAGGAACAUACCGACAACCAGGAGAGCCUGGAAAUACUGGUCCAGCACCCAACAGACCACCGCUAGAAAGAAGACCUUCUGAAAUAGAAAGGGCAAGAGCAAUUCGGCAGAAACUCCUGACUAUUGAACGAGAUCUAACUCGCCUUCAAAAUCGAAAAGCCGCUCACAAGACUGACGGCGCAAGAAUAGAUGAAGAUCAAGUCCAAUACCAGAAAUUGAAGAAAGAACGCCAACAAGAAGUAGAGUUCGCAAAUCGAAUUAUCACUCAGAUGAACGAAGAAAGCAGGAUAAUCAACAGAGCGAUAAACGAAGGUCUCGUGGCAACUCAAGCUUUUGGACCGACAACAACAGUCAAACUUGGCCCUUCUGAUUACACUCGUUUCUGUGAUUUCCAGAAGAGAAGACAGCUUAUCAUCGAAGUUAACAGACAGCGAGUCGACUUAACCAACAGGAUUAACAACUGGAAUGACGAAGGUCGUGAAAUCAAGAAGAACAUCGAAGUGCUCGAGAAACAACAGCUAGAACUCACACAAGAACUUUACUCUAUCCAUCCGAGCGAAGUGAACGAUCUCAACGAGCAGCUUUCAAAUCUGACCGAAUCAAUGAAGACCAUCCGACAGGACAAGAACCGAGCGGGACCAAAGGAUCUUCAAAAUACCUACUACAAGACUGUUUUUGAGCCAAACAGUCAAUUCCAAAACAUGACGGAACAGGACAUUCGACAAACAAUGGAUACUUCUUGCGAUGUGCAUUUGCUGCGCGAUUUGCAUUUGGAGCUUGAAAAACGUCUUGGAAUAAAUCAAAAUCAGCCACAAAGAGGGGAACGAUACAUGAAAUUUGUUGACAACAGAAUUCGAGAGCAAUUAGAUGUGGUUAACGGAAGCGUGAAGAAAAUGUUUGCGAACUACAUGGGCGAUAAUGUCGCUUAUCAAACACCGGAGAUGCUCCCAAGAGAUGCUGUACAAAUAACUGAGGCGCACUAUCUGUCGAUUUCUUAUAGUUGA